CGGAAGUGGACUUUUGUUUUGUUCAUGCUUGUGCAGCUGUUGUAGAAAAGAGCUGCAGGCGUUAACGACAGUCUCAGUUGUCUUCGUUACAUUUGGGUCCAAACAUGUCUCACACAAUUCUGCUGGUUCAGCCCACCAAAAGGCCAGAGGGAAGAACGUAUGCCGACUAUGAGUCUGUAAAUGAGUGCAUGGAGGGAGUUUGUAAGAUGUACGAGGAACAUUUGAAAAGGAUGAACCCCAACAGCCCGUCGAUCACGUACGACAUCAGCCAGCUGUUUGAUUUCAUUGAUGACCUGGCUGACCUCAGCUGUUUAGUGUACCGGGCUGAUACACAGACCUACCAGCCUUACAACAAAGACUGGAUCAAAGAGAAGAUCUACGUUCUGCUGAGACGUCAGGCCCAGCAAGCGGGGAAAUAGAUCGAAGGAAUGCAGGAAUGAAGGAAGAUUCUUGUGGGCUGCAUUGACUUUUAUUAUUCCACCCCAAAUUUGUUCAUUAGAUCACUGCAUCGGAGGACAAGCUAGCUGGAGCCGGCCAUGUGUUGAGACUUCCCCUUGCUUGUGUAAACGUUAAAAUGCUCAAAAAUAAUGUGUACCCUUUUUAUUUUAUUUUUUUCUUACCCAUGUUCGUUUUUACGUUUAAUCCACCAAAGUUGAGGAAGUGGUUUAAAUAAAAGCUAACUGUGAUCCCAA